AUGCGGAAAGUCAACAGGUUGGAAGAUGCAGUACAAACUCUCAAAAAAUUGGGUCUAGAACCGACUUUUGAGUUGUUUAUGCUUGCUCUUAGCGUAUUGGUUUCCAUGAAGGAGUCAAAUUGGGACAGAAAAAUGGAAGUGUUGAAGAGUUUCGGGUGGUCUGAAGAGGAUAUUUGGUCGGUUUUUAAGAGCAACCCGCUUUGUUUGGGUUGCUCGGAGGAGAAAAUGAAGAGUGCAAUGGAUUUCUAUGUGAAUACCAUGGAGAUGGAUGUAGAGACUAUAAUUCGUUACCCCAGAUUUCUUAUGUAUGCUGUUGAUAAAAGGCUUCGUCCAAGGUAUAAUGUCUUGAAGGUUUUGAAGUCAAAGAAUCUGCUUAAAGAGGGCAAGAAUUAUGCUUCGCUUUUUAAUCAAGCUGAAAACACUUUCUACAAGAAUUAUGUUGUUAAGCAUUCAGAUAGCAUACCAGGCUUAAUGGAGUUAUACCGUGGUAUCACUAUGGUAGAGGAUAAAGAUAGUUGA